AAGAUCUCUUCUACUCUUGCGAAAACCUAACCCUAAUAUUUAGAUUUGAUUGCAACCUCAAAUUUGCUUCUGAAGUAGUUUCAGUUCCUAUUUACAGAAAUCAUGCUCUUAUCACCGGGUCAUUCUCCUCGCCACAUCUCUUUCUCCCCUUCACCUGCUCCAUCCGAGGGAAUCCGAGAAAACCCUUGUGAUUCAUCGUCAAUAAAUCCUCCCAGAAACCCUAACAAGCGCCCCAAGGUCCUCGAUGAGGACACCUAUGUCGCCGCCAUAGAGAAGAUCAUCGAACGCGAUUUCUUCCCCGAUAUUUCAAAGCUCCGUGAUCGCAUCGACUGGCUCGAAGCUGUUCGCAGUGGGGAUCCUGUUCUAAUCCGAGAUGCCCAGUUAAAGAUCUUGGAGCGACGAAGAGGCAAGGCUUCAAAUUCCCAUGCCGAAGGUAAUAAGACUCGAACUCCUGGUUCUAAUUUACGAACGCCCGGUUCGAUUUUCUCGUUGAAUUCUACUCCGUUUGAUUUGGAUAAAAUCCCAAUUCAAGCGGAUGCCGAAGGCGAAGAAUUCGUUGAUGAUUCGGUCGAUGUUUCCUUGACGCUCGACGAGUUCUUCCGGCGUUAUACAAGUGAAGAUAAUAACAGUUUUUCUAAGAUCGUGGAUAAAGUGAAUCGGAAGAGGAAGGAGCGAUUUGGGUAUUUGAUUGAAGGUGAGAAGGAGCAAAUUAAGACAAUUGAAUCUGGAAAGAAAGACCAGAUCACUGAUGGGUAUGGGUCAUCUGGUCAGCCUUUGAGCACGUUAGAUGGUUGGAAAUACACAGCAAAGAAUCUGUUGAUGUAUAAUCCAGCGGAUCGUGGUGAAGUCCCUUUGACAGAGGCUGAGAAGGAAGUGAGACUUAAGGCUUUGACUAAAGAAAUUAACCGCACAAACACUCGUUUUCAUGGCAAAAUGAUGGAUUCUAGGCCGAAAGAAGAAGAAGACACAGUUGCAGUUGUUUACGCACCCGUAGCUGGAGGAACCCCUGUUCCUAUGUGGGAUCGAGAAGCAGAGAGAUCGAAGAAGUAUGAUUUGGAAGAUUUGAGGAAGACUCCAAACCCGUUCUACGUGGAAUCAAACAAGAUAUCUGAUAAUGGGUAUAACUAUGUGAGAACACCAUCCCCUGCACCGGGUGUUGAUGAAUCACCUUUUAUUACUUGGGGAGAGAUCGAAGGGACACCAUUGAGAUUGGAAGCAGAAGACACUCCUGUGGGUAUUGGUGGUAGCAGUGAUGGGCCUCACUUUAGGAUCCCAUUCCCACCAUCAAGAGAUGUCAAGGCUCACACUUUGUCAAGGGAAGCUGCUCGUAAACUGAGGGAGAGGUCCAAAAUGUUUCAGAAGCCACCACUGCCAUCACCUGUGACUGUGAGAGGGGGAAGUGCUAGUCCAAGUGUUCGGACGCUUUCUCCUGCUGCUCAGAAGUUUGUGAGGAAUGCUAUUGCAAAUGCCAAAUCUUCAUCUUCUGUGGAUGAAAGUCUUCGUGCUAGCUAUCGUGGUGGAAGCCCAGCUGUAGGGACUCCCAAGGCAGGGAGGAGCUUGACAAGAUUUGGAAGAGACGGGAGCUUGGACUCGAGGUCUCCAUCUGUUAGAGAGGCCUCCAAUCCUCCUUGGUGAUGUAGAUUCCCCCCCCCUCUUUUCUUAUCACUGUUUGUGCAUAUGCGCAUAGCCAUAUCCCUGAAAGUUUCUUGAUUAAUUUAUGUACUAAUGAAUGAGCUCUUUUGCCAUCAUAACAUCGUUUAUUAACUUUUGAAUUUGAAACAAAUACUUUAGAGAUUCAAUAGAAAA